CCCCGGCCUCGGGGGCGCCGAGCAGACAGACAUCAUGCUUUACUGAAUGAGCUUUGCCUGCCAGGAAUUCGUGUGCACUUUCAGGCAGUUAAAGACAGGGCGUGUCAGACUCCCACAUACGCUUUGAGAGGAGGCUUGAAAAUUGCGUAAAUCUUUGUAGACAACUUGGCUGCAAGCAGUUGAACUGAAACUGCUGCCUUCUGGCUGUGGAGUGCGAUUUGGACGUUACUGUGUAAUAUCCUGUAGACCAAAUCAUGCCAGCUUUAUCAACGGGAUCUGGAAGUGACACAGGUCUGUAUGAACUGCUGGCUGCGCUGCCAGCCCAGCUGCAGCCACAUGUGGACAGCCAGGAAGACCUGACCUUCCUCUGGGAGAUGUUUGGUGAAAAAAGCCUUCAUUCACUGGUAAAGAUUCAUGAAAAACUGCAUUACUAUGAGAAACAGAAUCCCGUGCCCGUGCUUCAUGGUGCCGCAGCCUUGGCAGAUGAUCUGGCUGAAGAGCUGCAGAGCAGGCCAUUGACGGCUGAGAUCAGAGAGCUGCUGAAACUCCUGUCAAAACCCAACCUCAAGGCUUUGCUCUCCGUACAUGACACUGUGGCUCAGAAGAAUUAUGACCCAAUACUACCUCCUAUGCCUGAUGAUAUUGAUGAUGAAGAAGAUUCAGUAAAAAUAAUCAGACUAGUCAAAAAUAGAGAACCACUGGGGGCAACGAUUAAAAGGGAUGAACAUACUGGAGCAGUUGUUGUGGCCAGGAUCAUGAGAGGAGGAGCGGCCGACAGAAGUGGACUAAUUCAUGUUGGUGAUGAACUCAGAGAAGUAAAUGGAAUUCCAGUGGAGGAUAAGAAACCUGAGGAAAUAAUACAGAUUUUGGCUCAGUCUCAGGGAGCAAUUACAUUUAAAAUUAUACCCAGCAUCAAAGAAGAAACACCAUCUAAAGAAGGCAAGAUGUUUAUCAAAGCCUUAUUUGACUAUGAUCCUAAUGAGGAUAAAGCAAUCCCUUGUAAAGAAGCAGGGCUGUCUUUCAGAAAAGGAGAUAUCCUACAGAUUAUGAGCCAGGAUGAUGCAACGUGGUGGCAGGCCAAGCAUGAAGGGGAUGCGAAUCCCAGGGCAGGCUUGAUCCCUUCAAAGCAUUUCCAGGAAAGGAGAUUUGCACUAAGGCGACCAGAAGUACUAGUUCAGCCACUGAAAGUUUCCAACAGGAAAUCAUAUGAGGAAACUGUUGAGUGUGAGGAAAUUGAAGAAGAUGCUGAAUGUGCUGGUCACAACAGUGGAACGUAUAUAGCUGGUUUUAGAAGAAGUUUCCGUCUUAGUAGAAAAGAUAAGAAGACAAACAAGUCUAUGUAUGAAUGCAAGAAGAGCGAUCAGUAUGAUACGGCAGAUGUCCCAACUUAUGAAGAAGUUUCAACGUAUCAGCGACAGACUAAUGAGAAGUACAGACUCGUAGUUUUGGUUGGUCCGGUGGGAGUAGGGUUAAACGAACUGAAACGGAAGUUGCUGGUCAGUGACACCCAACAUUAUGGAGUAACCGUGCCACAUACUACCAGACCAAGAAGAGGCCAGGAAAGUGAUGGUGUUGAAUACAUUUUCAUUUCCAAGCACUUGUUUGAGACAGAUGUACAGAAUAACAAGUUUAUCGAGUAUGGUGAAUAUAAAAACAACUAUUAUGGUACCAGCAUUGACUCUGUUCGUUCUGUUCUGGCUAAAAACAAAGUUUGUUUGUUGGAUGUUCAGCCUCAUACAGUGAAGCAUUUAAGAACCUUAGAAUUCAAACCGUUUGUCAUAUUUAUAAAACCACCGUCACUUGAGCGUUUGAGAGAGACGAGAAGAAAUGCAAAGAUUAUUUCCAGCAAAGACGAAAAGGGUUCGGCUAAGCCCUUUACAGAAGAAGACUUUCAAGAAAUGAUUAAGUCGGCACAGAUGAUGGAAAGUCAAUAUGGUCAUCUCUUUGAUAAAAUUAUAGUAAAUGAUGAUCUCACUGUGGCUUACAGUGAGCUGAAAACAACUUUUGACAGAUUGGAGACAGAUACCUAUUGGGUUCCAGUGAGCUGGCUGCAUUCAUAACACUGUAAAUAAGGAAAAUGUUCCUAAUCAUCUUUUAAUAGGAUGCAUGUUUAGAACCAAACUAGUUGCCAUUAUGGUGGGUGGGUUUUUUUUAUCUUUGUUGCUGACAUGCAGUUACAGUCUUGGUGAGGUUGGAAUGCUGGUCUUUUUUAGCUUUCAGCAAUCCUAUUGAAAUGUAUGGUGUGGGUAUAAGAUCAAAUUUUUAUUUAAAUAGAGUUUGCUGAUUCUGUGUUCCGAGUUAAGCUAUAAAACAGCUGGUUGUCUUUACUAUAUGUGUAUCUCCAAUUUUUUCAGAGAAUUUUUUUUAAGAGUAGUAGCUAAGAACUUUAUAUAUUGGAGAUCAGUGCUUCAGUAGUCUCAGAUGUGGUAACUGCUAUAAAGUUUGCAUGUUAGCAUUUGAUUUGAUAUAGCAGCCUUUGAGCAACUUGAGACAGGCAGGACAACCUAAAUUUCUCUGGCUAGAUUGUCACAGUUUCAACUGCUGUAGUUCUCAAGACAGGUCAUUUAAUGUCCUCAGAGUUUGUUGGGAUUUUUUUUUCCUUACCCAGAUGGUGUGAUAUAGAUCCUCAUGUUAGUAUUUAAACUCCUCAUUCAAAGUGAAGCGCCUAGUACCUGGAAAUAUUGUCUUGGUACCCAUGCUGCAGCUGAAAGUGGGCUUGCCUUACCAGGAUGUUUAAGGGCACCUUGUAGAUUUAAUCAAGGAAAACAGUGGGAGGGAGAAAAUCAGUCCUCCAAAAGAUCAAUGAUGUGUCUUGGGAUACAAAGCCACAAAGGAGAUUUUUAAAUUUAAACCAAUGGCAAUAAUUUCUGGAGUCCCUUAAAGUCAUUUUUGCUCACUAUGGCUUUUUCCACCUGGAAAGGUGUUUCAGGUUUGAAAAGUAGAUAUUACACAUGAGUUACCACCACAAUCCCACGUAAAUAUGUGAUUAUUCUCCAUUAUUUGAAGUGGACAAUUUAUCAUCCUAUAGUCGACCAACAUCCAGACAUUGUAUUUUGGAUUUAAAAGUUUUUAAUUUACUUUUAGUUCGUAAACUCCACUCAAAAGAAAAUGAUCCUUAUUUAACACUGGCCAGAGGCAAUAGAAACCAAAUUGUAAUUUUUAGUAGUAAUUGAAUCGAUCAUAUUAUUUCAAAUGUCAGAUGUGAUUUCCUGUUUAUUCUUAAUUUACUACUGAUGUACAGAAAGCAGCACAUGGAUUAAGAGGAAAUGCUCAAACAUGACUGUGAGCUGGAUAAGUGAACUUGUCCACUGCUUCAGCAUGAAGUAGAGCUUGCUACCCCAAAUAUCAUCACAUCUGUGGCAUUCAUACAGGAGCAGAGUUAUUUUAUGUUCAUGUGUAAAGAAGGUUUAGAUGUCUUGUUGAAAGAAAAAAAGAAUUUAGUGAAACUUUAUAUAUUUAUGAAAGGGCAUAAAGGGAUAUCAAGUUGUUUUUUUAUAAUUUCUCAUCAAUGUGAUUCUUCAUAUAGUGAACUAUAUGUGACGGUGUUGUAAUUUGAAGUAAUGGCUUUGUAAUUCAGGUGAACAUUCCAUGUAAAUAUUUCCCUUUGGUUCAUACACCGAUUUAGCCACCAGCUUGUUGUACCUCAGAUUUGAUCAUUGAUGAUUUUUCAGACUUGCUGACUCAAAGUGAAAUAUCUGAACUAGAAACCUCAAAUUUCCCCCUAAGCUUGAGAUGCGGCGUUUCUCACUUGGAAUAGCUGAGGAAUGAAAAAGUCCAACCGUCGCUUCAGUCAUAACAUUAAUCAUUAAGUUUGUAAGUCAGAUUUUUGUCGGCAGAUGCACUUGGGUUUGUGAAAUAACAAUCGGCAUGCUGGUUGGUAGUGCUAAAAGUCACCUUAGAGUAAGGUUUCUCAGGCCUAAGGACUUGUUCCUAAAAAUGGUGCAAGCCAUGGGCAGAUAGCUGGAGGAGUAGACUGUCUUCUCUUUCAUGAAAACUUCCUUCUAGGUAGCAAAAUUUGCACUGAUUUUGAAAGCGCAGGAUUGCACAAGGCAAAAAUAUCAUACAAACAGGCAUAUCACCACUAUCUUUUUUUUUUUACUGCACCUGGGCACUCUGAGCCUUGUAGCACCUGAAGUUGUGCUUCCUUUGAAGUGAAGGCAAUAUUAUCUACGAUUUUUGAAAAAGAAGCCCUCCGCUCACUCUUUUUCUUCUAACCCGAAAGAGGAGGAAAUUCAGAAAACACUAUCCUUCAAUGCUAAAAUGCUUGCAUUUUGGAUCACUGCUAUGUGAUACUAUGUUGAGACAGGAUCUGUCCUGAGCACUUCACCAAUUUAAGGAGCCCACGUACCACACAGGACAGGAGAUCAUCCUGACGGUCCUGUCCACUUGGUUCAGGGAGCAGUCCUGGCCUUCAGACAGCAAUUUGAGACUGUUCUGAAACGUCGCCCAAGUCCAGCCUGCCGAGGUCAUUUAUCAGGUCAUUCACUCUGCACUUCAUCUCAUCUCCAGACAAUUGCUUUGCAUCCUCACUCCCUGUAGAUAACCAGAGAGAUGACUUCCCCUGUCUCCGGGCUAACUUGCCGGGAAGCUUUAAGUGCACUGGGGAUGCCAGCGAAAAGUCUAUACAUUAAAAACCGAAGGUGGACGAUCGAGGGAAGGCCACACUCCCAUGAUGAAAGCUGGCAGAGAAAGAAUGGGAAAGAGUGGGUGAUCAAAUCCGAUAGGGAACAGUGAAUAUGAAACUGCCUCAGAUUUCACCAUCAAAAAAGGAAACUGUUUGUCUCUGUGAGGCUGUUUUUCCUGGUACCGUAUCAUGGCUGAAAAGAGUUUGAUCAUUUUGAUAAGCAAAAACCUCAUCUUUCUGCUCUUACAAACCCACGUUGCUAAAAGCAUCCCAACGCAAAGAUUCCGUUGCUUAUUCCAUACUAAUAGUAGUUUGUGGAUAAAGGUGGCAGAAAAAUCUUUAAUACUAAGCAUAUUCAAAUUGUGAUAUGUGGUUUUUUGAGAACUGUUGGUUUUACAUGUAGGCAUUUUAGUGUAUUAUGCUGUUUGCCAUAGUAGAACAAACGUUAAUAUUUUUUACUAUUGUAUUCAGCUCUAUACUUGAACUUGUCAUCCAUUUAUUAGCUGAUGACAUGUAUGAAAUCUGAAUUUUCCUUCUUACACAGUAAAAUAAAUUAUUGUC